AACAACUAUUUCAAUAAGUUAGUUCCAAUUAAUUAUUUCUCAUCACAUUCCAGUCUGCAGACGAUAAUAAUCUCUGUUCAGGACACAUACAAAUAGAAUCAGUGGGAAUGUGCAGCUACAUAACCAUUCACUAUUUCUUAGUUAACAGACUAAAUUCUAUGGUGAGUAUUUGAAUUCUUAUUCGUUAAAGAAAAUAGUUAAUGCAUCAAUGAUUUUGAUUUGCUUUUUGAUAGUCAUAUUCGGCGGUUGACACAUCCUCUGCCACUUUUCUAAAGAAGAAAGAAAAUAAUAUUGGGAUUCUUUCCUGUCUCUCCCCUGAAGAAGAGACAAAUGUGGAGAUUUUUCAGAACUGUGCCUAAUAACUCAGGUCUUCAUUUUUUACCUUACUGACUCUGAAAUAUAAUUUUGUUGACUUCUUUUGCCUCUUAAAAUCUGUUUUAUGUUUGCUACUUUCUAAGUUGAAACCUAAAAUUUCUAAUUAUAAAAGGUUGAAAAUUGAACAUCGCAUUUUCAUAGUUUGAGAAUCACAGAAGUUAAAAAAGUAAAUUUUAAAAAGGUGCUCAUAAUUGUUAGCUUAUUUGCUAUAGAUUCCUUUUUAUCCUCAUCAGACUGGACAGCAGGCAUCCUGUGCCCAUAGUCAAGAGGGAAAAACUGGUGGUACCCAACAAAGAACUGAAGCAACUCCAUGGUUAGGAAUCUGGACCCAAAAGAGAGAGUUCAAGUUUUACCAUUAAGCUUUCUAACUCAAGUGCCUAAGCUUUUUAAUAAAUAUUUCCCAUGUAGGGAAGGAGAAGCGUUUUUGGUUUGGUUACAUUCUGGUAUUUAUUGAUUUGUAAUUUGGGAUUGGUCCUCCAAGGCUCAUGGGCAGGGAAAACCAGACCUGGAUGAGUGAGUUUAUUCUCCUGGGGCUGUCCAGUGACUGGGGUACCCAGGUAUCCCUCUUUGUCCUAUUCCUGGCCAUGUAUGUGAUGACUGUGGUAGGAAAUUUCCUCAUCAUCCUCCUCAUCACACUGGACAGCAGGCUUCAUAUGCCCAUGUACUUUUUCCUCAGUGUCUUGUCAUUUGUGGACAUCUGUUACACCAACAGCACUGUACCCCAGAUGCUUGUUCACUUCCUGUCAGCAUGGAAGUCCAUCCCAUUUCACAGCUGUGUCUUCCAGCUGUAUAUUUCUCUAGCAAUGGGCGGCACCGAGUUCUUCCUGCUGGGAGCCAUGGCCUAUGACCGCUACGUGGCGGUGUGCCACCCACUGCACUACACAGUCAUCAUGCAUGGAGGACUGUGCCUGGGGCUGGCUGUUGGCUGUGUGAUGGCAGGAUUCACAAAUUCAGUGAUGCAGACAGUCAUCAUCUUCCAGUUACCCUUGUGUCGCAAUGUCAUUAAUCACUUUGCCUGUGAGAUGUUGGCUGUGCUGAGGUUGGCCUGUGUGGACAUCUCCUUCAACAAGGUCAUGGUGGCCAUCUCAGGAUUUCUGGUGAUCAUGCUUCCCUGCUGUAUGGUUUUAUUCUCCUAUAGUCACAUAGUUGCUGCCAUUCUGCGCAUUCGCUCUGUGCAGGGACGUAGCAAAGCCUUUGGGACCUGUGCCUCACACCUCACUGUGGUGUCCCUGUGCUUUGGAACAGCUAUCUUCACGUAUAUGAGACCUGUGGGUGCCUCCUCAGCAGAACAGGAGAAGAUGGUUGCCCUCUUCUAUGCCGUAGUGACACCAAUGCUUAAUCCCUUAAUCUACAGCUUGAGGAACAAGGAUGUGAUGAGUGCUUUUCAGAGAGUAUUGGAAAAGUUUGUUGAAACAAAGAGAAAGAUUUGAAGAAUUCAUUCUUCCCUCCAACAUUCCAAAGACAGCACCAUAGACAAUGAGGAAACUAUGGAUCUACAAGAGUUUCUGACAUGGUGAAUCACACUUUCAUAAAUUGGCUCUCUACACUGUAGUUUUAACAUAGUGUUACCACCAUAUUAUAAAUGUGGUAAAACAAAACAAAAAAAUUCCUUCAGUUGUUAAACUGGGGAUCUGCUUGGGAAUAUGUCCUCCUUGA